AUGACUACAGUUAUUGUUUCAGGAGCAACUGGAUUUAUUGCUCAACAUGUUGUUAAAUUAUUAUUGUCCAAGAAUUAUCAAGUUAUUGGUACAGUUAGAUCACAAAGUAAAGGUGAAGGAUUAUUGAAAUUAUUUAAUAAUCCAACCAAUUUAAAAUUUGAAAUAGUUGAAGAUGUUGGAUCAGAAGGAGCAUUUGAUAAUGUAUUAAAAUCACAUCCUGAAGCAACAAUUUUUUUACAUUUAGCAUCACCUUUCCAUUUUAAUGCAACUGAUAUUGAAAAAGAAUUAUUAUUACCUGCUGUUAAUGGAACUAAAAAUGUAUUAGAAGCAAUUUAUAAAUAUGGUAUUAAUAUUGAAAAAGUAGUUAUUACUUCAUCUUAUGCUGCUAUUGCUACUGCUUCAAAAGAAGCAAAUAAUAAAGAAAUUAUAACUGAAGAAAGUUGGAAUGAAAUUACUUGGGAUCAAGCUUUAAUUAAUCCAGUUCAAGGUUAUAGAGGAUCUAAAACAUUUGCAGAAAAAUCAGCAUGGGAUUUUAUUAAAAAUCAUCAAGAUACUAUUAAAUUUAAAAUUUCAUUUAUUAAUCCAUCAUUUGUAUUUGGACCACAAGCAUUUCCAAUAAUUGAUAAUAAUAAAAAUUUAAAUACAUCAUCGGAAAUUAUAAAUAAAUUAUUAAAAUUAAAUCCAAAUUCUGAAAUUCCUCCAACUAAAGGAGGUUGGAUUGAUGUUAGAGAUGUUGCUAAAGCUCAUGUAUUGGCAUUUGAAAAAGAUUCUACUGAAAAUAAACGAUUAUUAGUUAAUAGUGGAAGAUUUUCAGCAAUUUCUUUAAUUAGAUUAAUUCAUAAAACAAUUUCCUCAAUUAAAUCUUCCUUCAAUUUCAGAUGA